CUUUGCUCGAUCUGCUGGUUUGGUGGACAUCCACACAAGAGUAUCUUCCCAACUAGCAAAGGAAGCGGAGAAUUUUGACAAGGAUGUCCUGCAUCGCUAGCACAAGUCGCCAGCAGCUCGUUGGCCUUGCUUCUCGGAGCGCCAAACGCGGCGUUGCCGGCUGGUCACGAGACUUUUCCUCCGCCGCCGUUGCAGCGCCCGCUUCCACUUCUCACUCUUCAUUGGGCUCGUCCUGUCUUCGAUGCAGCCCAACACAGGCUUCUACUCCCCAUACCUGGGGCUCCAGAAGGUCUUUGCACUCACUGCCCCCGCUGCCUCAGGCUAUCGCAGAUGAACAGACCGGUUGCAAGCCAUUUUUGGGCCCAGUGGCUCUUCAGCUGAUUGGCAACGUGUGGCAUGGCGGUCUGCUCCAACGGUUAAACGAUGAAGUCAGAGGUACAUCUUUUGAGACCUCAUCAGUCGUCGACACUGUGAUUGCCACGUCGCAGGACCGCUCAUUGAUCCUGGCCUUCAACUUUGCAUCACAAGCCCUCAAUAACGCCUUUUUUCUCAGCAACCUUCGUCCGGCAAAUCCAUCAAAACCAUCUCCACUUCCACCCAAGUCACUCCUUUCGCGCAUUGAGCAAGACUUCGACUCUCUCCCUGCAUUCAAGUCUGCUUUCAGCGCUGCGGCAAUGGGAAUGGUCUCCUCUGGCUGGGUUUGGCUCGUCCGUGACCAGACUGGACGCCUCGGAAUCGUCCCAACGUUUGGCGCUGGCACUGUCCUCGUUCAAGAUCGUCUGCAAAUGGGCAGUGCAGACUUUCAGGCUAGUAUCGAGGAGAGUGUGCGCAGGGCAAACAGCAAGAAUGAAGCAUCUGCAGAGUCUGCAUCGCAGUCGAUUCAGCAUCCUCAGCCCUCGUCUCCCUCUACUCCACAGUCCUCGUUCGUGCCGAUCACUGGUGCUUCCAGCAUCAGUCUCAAACUGAACAAGACAGACUUGCGCACUGAUGGAGCGCGUGAGAAGUCCAAGAUUGGAGAGCAACUGACGCCUUUGUUGUGCGUCAGCGUUCACGAACACUCCUGGUUACCAGACUAUGGCAUAUGGGGUAAGGAGCCCUACUUGAUGAACUUCUGGGAGUGCGUGGACUGGGAGAAGGUCGGCAAGGCUUAUGAUGUGUAUGCAGGUAACAAGUAGAGUGAAUGGUCAUAUAUUUCAGGAGGCUUUCGUUCGCAUACAUAGCAUACAAGUGUGAGCGAGCGGAGCAAGGUGAAACAGCAAAAUUAUGGCAUAACAUUAUAACUCUUGC